AUGAGAAUUUGGACCAAGUGGCCAAAUUACAAAUCUACUUUCCAUUCUCAGCGUCGGCUGCUUCAUAACGUCACCGUUUUGGGGAACGCAAUCCUUCUUCUUCUUCCUUCUCGCCGGCAUAUUCUCGCUUUUGUCUGCUCUCCUCCGUCGCCGACGCUCGUCCUCCGAAUUUCAGUCAACAUUAUCCGAUCGCCUUAUUCGGGAAACUAAAAUCCUACACUUUAAAGAGGAAACCAGAAUGGUUUCGAUUUGCUAGACUCUACUGUUUUCGACCCGUCGUUAGUUAGAGAGUACUGAAAGCAAUGGGAGAUGGCAGUAGCACCAGAUCCAACAGCUCAAACAGCGGUAGUGAGAAACCAGAGUGGCUGCAACAGUACAAUCUGGUUGGUAAGAUUGGUGAAGGCACUUAUGGUCUUGUCUUCUUGGCUAGAACUAAGACCCCGCCCAAAAGACCGAUCGCCAUCAAGAAGUUUAAGCAGUCAAAAGACGGAGACGGAGUUUCCCCAACUGCAAUCCGCGAGAUCAUGCUUCUCAGAGAGAUCUCACAUGAGAACGUCGUGAAGCUCGUCAACGUCCACAUCAAUUUUGCAGACAUGUCUCUGUAUCUCGCCUUUGAUUACGCCGAGUAUGAUCUCUACGAGAUCAUCAGGCACCACAGAGACAAAGUGGGCCAUUCGUUGAACCAGUACACAGUUAAGUCCUUGCUCUGGCAGCUUCUCAACGGGUUGAACUAUCUCCACAGUAAUUGGAUCAUACACAGAGAUUUGAAACCGUCGAACAUCCUGGUCAUGGGUGAUGCAGAGGAACACGGGAUAGUGAAGAUCGCUGAUUUCGGGCUUGCACGGAUAUAUCAAGCUCCGCUGAAACCUCUGUCGGAUAACGGAGUCGUGGUCACGAUAUGGUACCGUGCCCCGGAGCUGCUUCUUGGCUCGAAGCACUACACCAGCGCCGUCGAUAUGUGGGCGGUUGGAUGUAUAUUCGCGGAGCUACUGACUCUGAAACCGUUGUUUCAAGGAGCAGAGGCCAAGUCGUCUCAAAACCCUUUCCAAGUGGAUCAGCUCGACAAGAUAUUCAAGAUCUUAGGCCACCCGACGAUGGACAAAUGGCCAACGCUCGCUAACCUCCCGCACUGGCAGUCCGAUCUUCAACACAUUCAAGCUCAUAAAUACGACAGUGCGGGUCUCCACAACGUGGUUCACCUAAACCUGAAAAGCUCUGCUUAUGAUCUCUUGUCCAAAAUGCUGGAGUACGACCCACUAAAGCGGAUCACGGCCUCGCAGGCACUGGAGCACGAGUAUUUCCGGAUGGAUCCUCUCCCUGGGAGGAACGCAUUUGUGGCCUCCCAACCGAUGGAGAAGAAUGUGAAUUACCCGACUCGUCCUGUCGACACAAACACGGAUUUCGAAGGCACGACGAGCAUCAACCCGCCUCAAGCAGUAGCGGCAGGAAACGUAGGAGGGAACAUGGCAGGAGCUCAUGGAAUGGGGAGUAGAUCGAUGCCGAGACCAAUGGUUGCACAUAACAUGCAGAGGAUGCAACCGCAAGGCAUGAUGGCUUAUAACUUCCCGGCUCAGGCCGGGGGGAUGAACCCGAGUGUUCCUCUGCAGCAGCAGCAGCAGCGCGGGAUGGCUCAACCGCACCAGCAGCAACAGCUGAGAAGGAAAGAUCCCGGAAUGGGUAUGUCCGGUUACGCACCUCCUAACAAGACCAGACGUCUCUAAAGAUGAUAAGGUAAAAUCAAAUAUUUAUGAUCAGUUUCGGUUUUUGUCCGCCUGAUUCGAGUCUGUGUUUUGGCGCAAAAGAAAAAAGUUACGAGUUGUUUUAUAGAGUAGACUAGAUUGUAAUGCCAGCAGGUGAUUUCUUGCUAUUCAAGUGUACGGAUUCAGUAGUUUUGUAAAACAUUUCUCUCAAGUGUUUGUUUUAAUGAGAGCCAAUAUAAGUUCACGCUUUUGAAUUUCAUACAAUGUGUUUGUUGCUUCAAGAGUUCAA